UAUCCGUAUGUAAAAAUGGAAAUGACGACUCUGCCUAAAAUAUUUGUCUGGCAACACAAGUCGCAGUCUGUCUAUUUGAAUUUGAUAAGGCUAUUGGAUUUUGGUUGUUGCAUCAUCGAUUCUAGGCACAAAAUGUCCAACAAAGUGAUUCCCGUGGUCAGGGCUGAAGAGGAAGAGGAAGAGGAGGUCGUAGAUCCACAGACACAGUUAAGAGAAGAAUGUGGCCAGAAACCCGAUGCCCAAAAUUUGUGGGCGAAAUACCAGGAGUGUAACGACCGUGUCAACUCUAGAUCCAACACCGCAGAGACAUGUGAAGAGGAACUGAGGGAUUACUUACAUGUCCUAGAUCACUGUGUCACUAAAGAUCUUUUCAAAAGAUUAAAGUAAAUGUAGGCUUUCUCGUAGAAUUAUUUUAAAUUCACCUUAAAUUGUUGACCUCCUUGUUUUACUACAGUUUUAAGAGUAAACUUAAUUCAUUUAAGGUGGAAUGUAGAUCAUUGAUAAAUUAUUUUACCAUUUAAUAAACAACUGCUCGUUGAUGUUAUUGUUUUUGUAAAUAAACAACAAAUCCACAUUUAA